UGAGGCGUUUCCGCCAAGAUGGUUGUCGGUGCUUUCCCCAUCGCCAAGCUCCUUUAUCUCGGAGUGAGGCAAAUGAGCAAGCCUGUAGCGAAUCGGAUAAAAGCGGGAGCCCGGAGAAGCGAGUUCUUCAAAAAUUACAUCUGUCUGCCUCCGGCACAGAUCUACCACUGGAUUGAGAUGAGAACAAAGAUGCGGAUCAUGGGCUUUAAGGGUUCCGUCAUUAAGCCACUGAAUGAGGAUGCGGCUGCAGAGCUGGGCGCAGAGUUGCUGGGAGAGGCAGUUAUCUUCCUCAUUGGUGGUGGAUGUAUGGUGCUGGAGUACAGCAGGCAGGCUGCUAACUCCCGCCGCAAAGAAGAGGAGCUGCAGGAGACCAUCACAAGUCUACAGACUCAACUAGCAGAACUAACACUAACCACAGAGACUCUAGAUGCUCAGCUGAGAGAGGUCAACAGGCAAUUGCUGUACCUUCCUGCUCCUACCAAAAAGUGAUCAAAUUAGUUCUUUGCUGUAUGGCAUAGUACUGUUUGUUGAUCUGUGUGUGAAGGAAUAAGAGUGCACUAUCACAGUACAGCCAUAUAUACAGCCUGAUGACAACCCUCCUUCACACACUGUCCUCUAAACCCAUAAAGUUGGGUGGAAGACAUGGACAUGAGCAUAUCAGUGCGUUGUGGAUUGGGCUGCUAUCCUUAGCUCAUGUUUUGAGCAACUAGGUGUAAAGGGGGAUUGCUAUGAUAUUCAUAGUGAAUUUCUAUGGUUCAUCUUGCAUGUAAGAGCUGACUGUAUAAAGAUUUACAGUACAAGGCAAUGGUGACCCUAAAAUUAAUAUAUUUGAUAACAGCUCCAGCAUAUUACUGUUUAUUUCAGUGAUCUUUAUGGACCUUAAUGCAGAUUUUUAUGCUUCGUUGGCUUCAGUUAUGAGAGUUACUCUAGGUUAUAUAGUGCCACUCAAACCCAAACAAGCAUUGGGUCACAUCAGUGGAUUAUUUUUGACAGUAUCUGCCCCUACAGUUUCAUGGACAUGUUCACCGUUAAUCCCUUUGCUGGCUCAUGUACAUUGGAUGUGAUGGCAACUGUAAAAAGAAUGUGUUAAAUAAAAUGGUAUGCUGUC